AAGCGCGGACGGCUCGGCGCGGCCUCCGGGAUGGACUGAAGUCGAAGCGGGUGCCCGCGGGUAGAGGAACACGGAGCGGGUCUGUGGAUCGGCGGGCCUGGCUCGCUGCCGGGGUGCCGCCAUGCACUCCCUGGUGUUCCUCUGUGCGCAGAAGGUCGUAUCCCACCAUGCCACCUUGCGUGGCGCCCUGGGCUUCCUCCCCAAGGACCUCUACCCAGUCUUGUUCAAAGCGGCCUUCAUGGACAAGAGGACCCUGGCGUUGCAAGACUUAGUGCAGACCUGGCCAUUCCCGGUCCUGAGUUUCCAGAAGCUCUUGCGGAAGUGCCAGCACUGCGAGCGCGCCCUGAUCCGGGAGAGGCCCAACAAGCUCUGCAUCCAGACGGUGAUUUUGGGGGUGGUGACGUAUCUGAUUAAAACGCUGGAAGACCGACACCGCAGUAAGAGUAAAGGCCCGCGGCUGCAGAUCCUAGAUAUGACCGGCCUUCAGGACGAAGGGCAGGGCCCCGAGACCAUGAGCCUGUGGUCCAGGACGGUCACUCUGGCGAAAGCUUGCCUGGACAUCUCCAAGCAGCAGAGCAAGUGCAUCAAGCGGGCCUCCAAGAGGAGGAAAGGCCCCUACAACAGCUCCAUGGCUCUGCCGCCCCCUCAGCCUGUCUCCGUGGACGUCUGGGUGGACCUCUUCGUGAACAGCACCUCCUACGGGGUCCUGAAAGACGCCUUGCAGAUCAACAGCAGCAAUGCGCUGCGCCUGAGGUGCCGGAACUUCCGCGUGGAGGAGCUCUCCAUCGCCAGCACCGUGGGGCUCUUGGAGUUCCUGGACCCCGCCGGCGUCCGGCAGGUGGACCUGCGCUUCAACAACCUGGGCCUCUCUGGCUUGAGAGUGGUCCUCCCCCACCUGGCCAAGUUCACCAACCUGGCGAGCCUGAAGCUGCCCUACAGCAACAUCGACGUUCGGCGCCUCACAGUGGGCAUGGAAGGGAGCCUGCAGUACUUUGCCACCCAGCUCAGCCGCCUGGCGUGCCUCAAGGAGCUCAACCUGGGCUCCUCCAGACUGUCGGGCAAACUAACCCAGCUACUGGGAGACUUGCAGAGCCCCCUGGAGAGCCUGGAGCUGGCCUUCUGCUACCUCCUGCCAAGCGACCUCGCCUAUCUCUCCCAGAGCCUCCACACCCCCGCCCUGAAGAAGCUGGAUCUCAGCGGCAACAACCUCUCUGACUGCCUCCUCCAGCCUUUCCGGGUCCUCUUGGCCGAGGCUUCGGGCACCCUGCUGCACCUGGACAUCAUGGAGUGCCGCAUGAUGGACACCCACCUGGGCACCCUCCUCCCCGCCCUCUGCCGCUGCUCGCGGCUCCGCUACCUGGGGUUCUUUGGUAACCCCGUUUCCUCCAAAGGACUGAAGAACCUGCUCCACCAGACCAUCAGGCUCUUGGACUUGAAGCUCGUCAUCUACCCGUACCCCGUGGACUGCUACGGGGAAGACCUGCCGUGGCCGCCCACCUCCUCCCAGCUGCUCGACGGUUCCGUGGACGAGGAGAAGUUUUCCCGGGUCAACAACGAGCUCCAGCAGAUGCUGCUGAGCGCCAACAGAGCAGAUGCUGUCUGGACCACAAAUCUUUGCCGGUACAAUAGCCUGGAUAAUUCCAUUUUGUAGCCGGGACAAUGUGAACGCUGCCUCGCCAGCAGACGUGGCAUGGAGGCCCGUCUCUUACUCCCCUCUUCCCUCUUCGCCCGUCCCUACCAGCUUUGCCUGUUGUUUGCUUUUUGGAGCAGAAAAAACCAGGGACCUGGAAUAGCCCACACACAUGUGGUCCCUACAGCAGAUAUAUGGUGGUGUUAGAGAGAAACCUGUACACAGCCCCCAUAGUUCUGCUUGGCUUUUUCUUCUGGCUAGAAGCAGCAGAGACCUGUCCUGGGCGCUCGACCUUUUCCCUGAGUUGAGCAUUGGUUGGGAUAGCCAUACUCAAUUCUGUCGAGUCAGUGGAAAGAGCCCUGUGUUGGAGGGAAACAUUGGCAGGCAGGUGGCAGCGGGGUGGGCUGUGGGGGGAGUAAGUAGAAUGGGCCAUCUGGUGGCCCAUGGCAAACACCCUCUUGGCAUUAAAUGUGCAUGCCAGGUCAAAAAUAUUUUUCUGUAAAGCCCCGUCCUGGUGCAUGCAGCAGGAACCUAGGCUUUUAAAAAUCUGUUUUGUAUCAUCUUAUUGAACAAACACACACACGAAGUGGAAGGUAACCUCCCCUGCUGUUGGAACCAGAGAUAAAAACUAGCCGAGUGCUCUGAGGACUUCUGCGUUUGCCCCCUUUCCCCCCUGCAAAAGAAACAACUGGAAGGGGGCAGGGGGAGUUGGCACUCCAUUGACCCUGAAACCGGAGCGAGACCAAGCAAAGGGGAGGUAAGAGUUUGUGGGAAAACUGUGAACCUAAAUAAAAGGUGAUCCA